AUGCACAACCUUGAGAAAUAUUCGGCCUCAUUCGCCUUCUUCGAGGGUCUUUGGGAGGCUGGUGUUACCCAUGUCUUUGUCAACUUGGGUUCGGACCAUCCGGCCAUCAUGGAGGCUCUCGCACACGGAGCCCAUUUGAAGGGUGUCAAUUUCCCCAAGGUCAUCACUUGCCCCCAUGAGAUGGUCGCAAUGUCCAUGGCUGACGGAUUUGCCCGUGUGACGGGCAAACCUCAGUGUGUCCUGGUCCAUGUCGAUGUGGGAACACAGAUGCUCGGCUGCGCUAUGCACAAUGCAUCCGUUGCAAGAUGCCCGGUCCUGGUGUUUGCAGGUCUGUCUCCAUUCACCCUCGAAGGUGAAAUGAGAGGUUCCCGUACCGAGUAUAUCCAUUGGCUUCAAGACGCUCCUGAUCAGAAACAGAUUGUUUCUCAGUUCUGUCGCUUCUCAGGCGAGUUCAAGUCCGGCAAAAACAUCAAGCAGGUGCUCAACCGAGCAUUGCAGUUUGCUACAAGCGAUCCCAAAGGCCCUGCAUAUCUCGUUGGUGCUCGAGAAGUGAUGGAGGAGGAUAUCACGCCAUACCAUCUGGACCAGGAUGUGUGGAACGCCGUGGCCCCAGUUGGUCUUCCCCCUGACGCCCCGGAGCUCAUUGUCUCUCUCCUGGCUGAAGCGGAGAGCCCGCUUGUCAUUGUCGGCUAUACUGGCCGUAACCCGACGACUGUGCCCGCGCUGGUCAAGCUGGUUGAGUCAAUUCCUGGUGUUCAGGUCCUGGAUGGCCUUGGAAGUGACGUCUGCUUCCCAUGGAGUCAUCGCGCCUUUUUGGGAGUUGGAAUUGGACGUCACGAGUCCAUCAGGACUGCGGAUGUCAUCGUCGUGAUUGACUGCGACGUUCCAUGGAUUCCAACCCAGUGCAAGCCUCGUGCCGAUGCAAAGAUCAUUCACCUCGAUGUCGACCCCCUCAAGCAAAACAUGCCUCUGCAUUACAUACCUGCAUUCCGCAGAUAUCGUGUCGACUCAGAAACAGCUAUCAAGCAACUAAACAACUACAUUUCGAUGCACCCUCGCUUCUCCAAACUGACCGAGCUCGAGCCAUACAGAAAGCGUUGGGAUCUGCUGGCUGAGGCCCAUCGGCAACGCAUGGACAAGAUUGCAAAGCUUGCGGAAGCACCUUCAGACGGAUCCUCGCCACCAAGUACCUCUUACUUGUGCGCUCAACUACGCAGAACAUGCCCCAAGGAUACAAUCUGGUGCGUCGAGGCAGUCACAAACGCUCCUUUUAUAUAUGAGCAGCUGCAGGUUGACGACCCAGGCCAUCUCUUCAAUGGCGGCGGAGGCGGGCUCGGGUGGUCCGGGGGAGCGGCACUGGGCGUUAAGCUCGCCUCAGACUGGGUUUCUGGCGGCACGGGCAAAGGCAAGUUCGUAACACUCAUUGUGGGCGACGGCACGUACAUGUUUGGAGUGCCAGGUACUGUAUACUGGAUCGCCAGAAGAUACGAGCUACCUACUCUCACAAUUGUGCUUAGCAACAAAGGUUGGAAUGCUCCGCGUCACUCAAUGUCCCUGGUGCAUCCUGACGGAUACGGGUCCAAGAUCUCGAACGAAGACCUCAACAUUUCCUUCUCCCCAACUCCCGAUUAUUCAGGUAUAGGAAAGGCAGCUUCUGGGGGCAAUGCCUGGGCUGGAGUCGCGUCCUCCAUCGAAGACUUGGGUCGUCUACUGCCGGAGGCUGUGGAAAGAGUCCAGAAUGGUGUUUCAGCACUCCUUGAGGUUAGGCUGAAGGGGUCCUGGUGA